GACUUCCUGUGUGAGGAAAUUUCAAAAUGGACGAUAAAGUAUCAUCGUCGUCGGCGAAUUCUUCUAAAUUUAAGCCGAAAAAUAUACCGCAAGCCAAACUCAAGGCUUUUCAAAUCGGUGCUAUGAAUUCGAAUAAACGAGUGUUGAGCAAGAAGGAGGAGGAAGAAAAGAAGAGAAAAGAGGAUAUGGAAAGAACAGCAGAAGUUUUCAAAGAAUUUGUUGAAACCUUUAAAGGCGAUCAGAAUAAAUUAACUAAAACAUGGGUAAAGGGUGACACAGUCAAAGAUGGAAUAAAAGUUGAAAACUCAGGCAAGAGAGAAUUAUAUAACCCUUCAACAAAAUCUUCAAAACUGGCUGAAUUGGCCGCAACAUUUCCAUCGUCAAGGAAAGAGGACCGAAAAAAAGAAGAUAAAUUUCAGAUUGGUCCCAAGCGCCACGAACAGAAACGAAAAACUAAUCUAGAAACUUUCAAAGAAGAAUUAAAAACAAUACAAACAGAAAGAGAGCGUCGACACAAGAUGAAAGAACAGUGCCUUCAGCCCUCCAGAAGAAGCAGAUUCGAACAUUCAUCUCCUGAUAUUCCGCCGGUUACAGAUCCUUUAGGUGUUUCUCUCUCUUCGGAAGAUGUAGUUAAAACUGGAAGUUAUCCUACUGUUCAAGACGAUGAAACAAGCACAAAUAUUUACCUGGGAAAUAUAAAUCCGCAGACAAAAGAGAAUGAAUUAGCAGAGAUUUAUGGACGUUUUGGGCCUUUGGCAAGUGUAAAAAUAAUGUGGCCGAGAGACGAAGAACAACGGGCUAAGAAUCGAAACUGUGGUUUCGUAGCCUAUAUGAACAGGAAAGACGCUGAAAGGGCUAUGAAUUGUAUGCAAGGAAAAGAAAUUGCUUCGUACGAACAAAAACUUGGGUGGGGCAAAGCUGUACCAAUUCCACCCCACCCUGUAUAUAUACCUCCAGCCUUAGCCGAAUUAACAAUGCCACCGCCCCCAUCUGGUUUGGCUUUUAAUGCCCAACCCAGAUCAAAUGAAAAAAGAAUAAAUAUUAAAGGAGGAAAGGCAGAUGACGAAAUUCUAAAAAAAUGUGUAGUAAAAGUGGUUGUACCCACCGAUAGACACUUGGUACAGGUUAUACAUAGGGUUAUUGAAUUUGUAGUUAGGGAAGGGCCGAUGUUCGAAGCAUUAAUUAUGAAUAGAGAAAUGAAUAAUCCCGUGUAUAGAUUUCUAUUUGAAAAUCAGUCUCCCGGUCAUAUAUACUACAGGUGGAAGUUAUUUUCGAUUUUACAAGGAGAUACUCCUUAUUCGUGGAGAACAGAAGAAUUUUGUAUGUUUGAAGGUGGGAGUAUAUGGAAACCACCUCCCGUAAAUCCAUGGACAAGAGGGAUGCCAAGCGAACUUGUUGAAAAAAAUGUGGUCAUGGCUGAAGAGGCUAAAAAGGGUAAUUUAUCUAGAAGAGAUGUUGAAGAAUUAGAAGAUAUCCUUCAUCGAAUUUCACCCGAAAGAGUUAGUAUUGGAGAAGCAAUGGUGUGGUGUAUAGACAGAGCUGAGUCAGCUCAACAAAUUUGUGACUUUAUCGCAGAUUCCCUUAGUAACCCAGAGACAGUUCCAGCAAAGAAACUAGCUAGAUUAUACUUGAUUAACGAUAUUCUACAUAAUUGUACAACAAAAGCAAACGCAUCUUUCUUUCGUAAAUAUAUGGAACCUCACUUGGGCAAAGUUGUAGAUAAUUUAAGAAAAACGCAUCAAACUAUAGAAUCAAGAUUAAAAGCUGAACAAUAUAAAACCAGAGUCAUAAAUUGUUUAAAAGCUUGGGAAGAUUGGACUGUUUAUCCUCAGGACUCGAUAAUUCAUUUACAAAAUAUAUUUCUCGGUCUGGUUGUAACUGAAGAAAUCACCAAAAAAGUAGCUGUCGAAAUAGACGGAGCUCCUUUAGAAGAUGAAAUCGAUGGAAAACCAAUAGGUCUAGUAAAAUAUGAUAGUGAUGAUUGUAUAGAUGGCUCGCCAAUGGAUGACGAAGCAGUUGCUAAUAAAUACAAUGAAAUGAAAACUCAAGAGAGGUCAGAAGAAAGCUUCAAAGGCUUUCAAAAGUCGAAAUGGGAGGAGGUGGAUGAAAAUGAUUUAAAAGCUCAAGCAGUAACGACGUCGAAAUGGGAAUUAUUUGAUGAUGAAGAUGGUACAAAGGGAGAGGAAGGAGAGUUGGAUGAAGAUCUUGACGGUGUUCCAAUGGAGGAAGAUUACUCACGCUCAAUUAUGAGUAAUUCUAGAGGUAAUGAAGUUUCAGAAGAGAAAAGACAAAGAUUGCGAGAAAUCGAAGUAAAAGUAAUGAAAUACGCCGAUGAAUUAGAAAGCGGAAGAAGGCAAACAAAAUCGGGAAUGUCGAUUGCCGAUCAGAGUCACCCAGGUCGAGAAAUAGAUCCAGAUCAAGAUCUCCCAGGAGGAGACGAAAGUCACGAUCAAGAUCUCCUCGACGAAGGAAAACUCGGUCAAGAUCACCAACUGACCGAUAUGAUAGAGAUCGAUCAAGAUAUUCCUCAACAAGUAGUAGCAGCAAACAUAAACAUAAAAAAACGCGUUACUGAAUUAUUCUUUGUUGUUUUUAUGUUUUUUUUAUUUUAG